AUGGCUAAGGAAAAACGCAUACGAAAAGAGUUACGCGACCCUAUGUUUUUGUACAACGACGAUGACAUCAGACACACCACGGAACAAAGGAAACAAAAGACGAAAAAAGGUAAACAAAACUCUCGAUUCUAUGCAGUCGCUAAAGGAAGAUCUGUUGGAAUUUUUGAGUCAUGGAAUGAUUGUUAUAAAAGCACCAAUGAAUACCCUAGUGCUUUACAUAAAUGCUUUUCCCAGAGAGAAGACACCGAGAAUUUCAUUGCGGCAUUCAACUCUACAGCUAUGGUUCCUAGGAGUGCCGCUGUUUACUCGAAGCUAACACAAUUCGGCAAUUCGCACAAUUACAUUGACAGCGAUGAUGAGUGUAUCUGUGACUCUGAAGCAAAAAUCGGUGAAUUAUAUACGAAAUCAGAUGAAAAGGUAGCAGAUAAUACUGAUGUCACUGAUCUUACUACAAAAACGGAUAAAGCCACUUUUGAACAAUCACUGUUAGACAAAAUGGAAGUGUUGAAAUCAACCCCAUCGCGUCAGAAUCAAACAGCGCACGUUGUUAUUUCGGAGUACCUAAAGUCCGUUCACAAAUCAACAGAAAGUUAUGAUACCAGCAUUAAAGUUCUUGAAGAAAAAUACACAGAGAUUGUGGAUUUAAACAACAAAGAAAAAUGUGAUAUUCGAGAAGUCAUUUCCUCUAGUAUACAAGAAGAAAGCAAAACUAGAACGGAGGAAGUUCGCCAACUGUAUAAAUCAGUUGUCGCGGUUAACGAAGCCGUCGACACUAAACUAUUGAAUACUCAAACUGUAGUCAAUACACAAAUUAAAGACAGUGUUGACAACAUGGAACAUUUAUUUAAGAAACGCAUGGAAGAAAUGGAAAACAAACUCAG